AUGGCUACGUCGAAGGAAACUUAUUCUAUCAUCCCAAGUCAACAAGACUCUUCUGACUCUGACUGCGAAGAAAACGACACUUCUCAACUUGGUGGACUGCUUUCGGAGAGUCCAAAGCAAGUCUCAAGGAAGAAAAUCCGUAGAGUUCUUAUACCAAUAUUUGUCUCUUUUCUUAUUGCCACCAUCAUAACACAAUGGGUUCUACUUGCACGAAUCCGAUCCAUUACUCUGAGUGGAUGCUUCCGUUCCAAAGAGAUUCCCGCUCUUAGCUAUCAACGAAACAAAGAACGUCAAAUAGGAUCACCGAGCGCCUACAAUUCCAAGAAUAUGACCGAAGCCGAUGAAGCAUGGCGGACAAUGCUCACAGGGCAUGGGAUCAUUUCCUUUCCAGAGAGUUACGCUACAGAGCACAACAUGAUCGAGACACUUCGCUAUUCUGUCGAGAGUCCCGAGGCGGAGAAGAGUCGAGUGUAUCUUGUCGAAGCGUACCAUGCCAUGCAUUGUCUUCGAAUGGUCCGUCUUCACUACAGAGCGUUGGAGACCGGUACUUCCUGGGACUGGGAUGUUGCUCACGAUUAUCAUUGCUUUGAUUCGCUUCGUCAAUAUAUCAUGUGCAAUCCAGACUACACGCUUUGGUACAUAAGUGGCCAUAGAGUUAAUGGCUAUAUGCAAAAGAAGACCUGUCAGGAUUGGGAUGCUUUGAGAGAUUGGACAGAGGAGCAUACUAGUAAUUAUUAUGAUCAGUAUGACAUGGAACCAGGCACCAUUGGAGAUAAUCUGUGGUACAACUAUCACGCUGGAGACGGUUUGCCAAUUGGCAGUCUUUAGAGUACGCAUGGGGGUUUUAAAGGACAUUACCACUGUUGGACAUGUGAUGUGAUGUGCAUAGUAUGAAUCUCUUGGGGUGGAGGCUAUAGGAAGUUUGAAUUCAAUUACUCUUGUGAUGCUUCGUCAUCGCAAAUGAAGAGUUCGCCACGUCUCUCAUCCAUACCACAGCUCGAGACUAGCUCAAUACUUCACCUUCCCUUCUAUUGGUAUUCCUAUUCACCCAUGCAAACAGCCUUAUGCCGUUAAGUCCAAUUGAGAUAAUGUCAGAAUCCUUGCUCUGCAGACUUCUUCUCCUGGAAACUGACAGCAACAAUACUGACAUCGUUUCUCCCAUUGUAAUAAUGGACCUCGUUGCGUCCAUCAUUUCCGAGCCUCGGAUACACUCGGGAAACCCAUGGUUACCGAAGGAGGGACUUCCAUCGCCGGUUGCUGUCCAAUCCAUCACAGCGACCUUUUCCAGCUCCCACGCAGCGUCUUUCAUAUCUUCGAUAAUCUCUCAGAUCAUACGACGUUCUAUCUCGGAUGGUAGAAUAAUAGUCCUCAUCCCCACAAUUCCCAUCGCAUCACUGCCCUUUCUUCCAAACAUUCUCUCAAAAUAGCCAUUCAUUCU